AGCGAGCUGCGAUGACCACAACAUUCACCGGACCUGCGCUGAAGAUGGAGCUCAUUUCUGUCUGAUCUUCUCCAGUUUCUCCACUGCAGCUCCAUGAGACUUCAGGAUGACCCUCUGCAGGACGCUGGCCUUCCGCCUGUUCGGCUGCUUCUGCGUGUUUUCUGUGUUUUUGUCCGUUUCUGAAGCCACUUCACCUCCAAAAGGACCGAUGACCACAAACAGAGUGAGACAGUCGAGGUGGACGGUGGAGAAGAGCAGCAGGUCCAGAACGAACUCCACCACAGUGCAGAUAGACCUGAGUGGGCCCAAUGUGUGCGGUUCCAGAUGCUGCCCUGGAUGGAUAGUCCAGCUCAAGACAAAGCAGUGUACGAAACCGAGGUGUCUCCCUCGUUGCCAUAACAGAGCUGUGUGCCGGCAGCCCAAUAUCUGUCAGUGCCGGCCGGGUUUCCGUGGGCAUCGCUGUGAACUCUCCAGCAUCACUCCAGCCCCAAGCGUGUGGUCCUGGACCUCGCAGAGUCAGACAAGUGCUUUAGUGACCGCCAUAACAGCACCUGCAGCACCUGUAACUGUCUCACCUGUUACCACUGCCACAUAUGGCACAGCUGUGGUCACUACAGCAGGACUCAGGAGCCACUCAAACGACUCGGAAUCUGAUCCCAGGAGGAAGUACUCACUACGCUGGCAGCCUCUUAGUGUAAAGGAGGCUCAGGCGGCGCUGCUGAAGAAAGCCCUGGCCAGAGGAGUUGGAGGGAGUAAAAUCACUAAUAUUCUGCUGAAGCACAUCGAGACCGAGAGGAACAGACUGCAGUCCAUCCCCAACACUGCAGAGACACAGCAGUCCAGCUCCAAGACCUUCCACACCCAGCAUGGCCAGUACACACUCUGUGUUAGUGAGCGUACUGCAGGCGGCCAGCGGACCUUCGGAGUCCUGGGAGGCUCCGAGCGGAUCAAAGUUCUCUUCACUCCGACAGUCUGCAGGUUGAAAUGCUCCCAGAACCGCUGCACGAACUACUGCGAGCGCGGAAACGUCACCACCGUUUACAACAGCGAACAGCAGGGGGCGCACGGGUCAGCAUCACCCGGAUUCAGAGUGUUCUUGUGUCCCUUGCUGUGUAAGAAUGGAGGAGUGUGUAUCCAGAAGGAUCGUUGUCUCUGUCCCCCCACCUUCACUGGAAAGUUCUGCCACAUUCCCGUCUCCUCCACCACCUCCACCAAUGACAUCGAGAAGCCACUCUCCAGCUCUGCGACUUCGGCCAAUCAGGGACUGAUGCAGUCGGAGUACAUCCUGCCUUUACAGAGUCCGCAGCAGAGCCAAAGCAGCGGCUCCCCGAUGGUGAAGGUGCGGGUGCAGCACCCUCCUGAGGCCAGCGUGAAGAUUCACCAGGUGCUGAAGGUGGGUUCCGGCCCCACGGUGCACGAGCGGUCAGAGACGGUGACCUGGUCAUCCGGACUCUCUGGAUCCCGCAGGCAGGUCAUUCUGCCACGAGAAAGGGCAGAGGCUCCGCCUCCUCGUGUCCAGGCACGGCUCGCUAGCGUCCAGGCCCAGACCAUCCGCGGUGACUCCAUCUACACCGAGUCAUCCGGCUUCAAAUACUGCUUCAGAGAAGUGCGCAACGGGCAGUGCAGCUCCCCGAUGCCGGGUCUGAGGAGUCAGGAGACGUGCUGCAGGGACGACGGCCUGGCCUGGGGAAUAAGCGAGUGCACGCUGUGUCCUGAGUUAGGGAGCAGAGGUGAGGGGAGCUGCCCGAAAGGCUUCGAGAGGGUCAAUGGCACACAGUGUGUGGAUAUAAACGAGUGCGAGCAGCCGGGUUUCUGUCAGAACGGGAACUGUGUGAACACUCGCGGGAGCUACAGCUGUGUGUGCAGGCAGGGCUUCUUACUGGACGCCUCACACGGCAUCUGUAUCUCCCAGAAGGUGAUUUCAGAGGAGAAGGAUCAGUGUUUCCGGAUCGUGAGCCAGGGCUCCUGCUCUCUGCCCAUCCUGAGGACCAUCACCAAGCAGAUCUGCUGCUGCAGCCGUGUGGGAAAAGCCUGGGGACGCAAGUGCGAGGCCUGUCCGUACUUCGGCUCCGACGAGUUUAAGGAGAUCUGUCCUGCUGGGCCGGGCUACCAUUACUCUCCCAACACUCUGAAGUUUAACCAGAGACUGGCCGAAACUCACAGGACCCCUCUGGUUUCUGAGACCAAACCCCAGCAGCCAGAAUCCUCCAUAUCACAGCCAGCUGCCAGACACCAACUGCCCACCAGCCCACAAACCACACGCCCUCAACCACCGACAGUUGGCCAGACCACCCGCGUCCAGCAGCCAAGCGCUCCUCAUACUGACCCCAGACGGCCCACGCAGCCCAUCACCUCCGUUUUCAUCAUCCAGGGUGGACCACAGCAGCUCAGUGGCGCUGGAGCCCAGGCUCAGAGCAGACCAGCGGCAGCAGCUACGGCAGCCAGCCAGCCUACCAGAGCGCAGCCGUCUGUCAUCAGGACACAAACAGGCCGGCCGUCUGCGAGCAGACAGCCGCUCAGACCCCUCCCGGUUCCAGCUACAUCCCGUCCUUCUGCACCUAGAACAGAUGUGCGUGUGUGUGAAGUGAGGCCGCAGGUUUGUGGGCCGGGUCGGUGUGUUGAUGUGGCCGGAGGGAGACACAUCUGCGUGUGUAAUCCUGGAUUCAUCUUCAACACUCAAGCAGGUCACUGCCAAGAUAUAAAUGAGUGUGUGUUGACUCCGAGGCCGUGCUCAGCGGGUCAGUGUGAGAACACAGUGGGCAGUUUCCGCUGUGUGUGUCCACCAGGCUACCAGAGCAACGCCCAGCAGAACCAGUGCUCAGAUAUCGACGAGUGCCGUCAGAACCCCUGCGUUAACGGCCACUGUGAGAACACACCGGGCAGCUUCAGGUGCGUGUGCAGGACGGGGUACAGGCUACAGGACAACACCUGCACAGAUGUUGAUGAGUGUGAUGACCCGCUCCGCUGCCCUGGUCAGGAGUGUGUGAACUCUCAGGGUUCGUAUAAGUGUGUCCCCUGCAGAACUGGCUUUGGCCUGCUCAACGGACAGUGCACAGGUAAUGCUGCACCACUCAGUUACCGGCGUUUUGCUGGGAGCAUGGCGUCCCAAAGCCCCAGGCUGUAUGAGAGCCUGUCUCGCCGGCAUGGUGUAAAGGUGGAGUGCCGCGCGAGUGUGGAGGAGUGCUGUUUGGCGGCGGGGAGCGUCGUCGGGUACAAUAAUGUUGUGUCUGCUUCGCGCAUGAACAGCGCUGUGGUAAUGUUCCUGUCCACUGUGGACAAAGCUAAUGAACUGGUGCAGAGUGGACUCGUAAUUAGUGAUCAGUUCGUGUCUGUUCUGCCCCUCAGUACUCCCUCCAAAAAGAUUAUUCUGUCCAACGUCCCCCCCGUUUAUCUCUGA